AUGGCUCGGCAGUCAUACCACGCGGGAGCGAUAAGGGGCGAACCGCGCGACCGUGCGCGCGAGAGCGGGACGCGGAUGAGGGCGGUGUUGUGCCGGGCGCUCGGGGAUCCGACCAAACCCCGAUCCGAGGGGGGCGCGUUGGGGGUGGAGGACGUUCCAUCGCCGAGAUGCGCGCGCGACGGGGUCAAGGUGAGGGUCGAGGCGGCGAGUCUGAACUUCGCCGACGUCUUGAUGGUCCAGGGCUCGUACCAGGAGAAGCCCCACAUGCCAUUCAUUCCGGGCGGCGAGUGCGCGGGCGUCGUCACCGAGUGCGGCGCCGACGUCCGCGGACUCAAGGUGGGCGACCGCGUCGCGGGGGUGACGAUGGGCGGGGGCGCGAUGGCGGAGGAGUGCGUCAUCCCCGAGCGCAUGUGCUUCCCGGUGCCCGCGGGCGUGAGCCUCGCGCAGGCGGCCGCGUUCCCGGUCGCCUUCGGGACCGCGCACCUCGCCCUCACCCGAUACGCGCGGGUCACGCCGGGCCAGACGACGGUGCUCGUCCUGGGCGCCGCGGGCGGCGUCGGUCUCGCGGCGGUGCAGGUGGCCAAGGCGCUAGGCGCCGUCGUCGUCGCCGUCGCGAACGGCGCCGGUAAGAUGCGAGCGCUCGAAGACGCGGGCGCGGACCACCGCAUCGACGCCACGACCCUGCACUCGAAUGGAGGCGGCGCGCGCGAGGACGAUUACGCGGGGCUCAAGGCGGCGGUGGCGACCCUCACACCCGGGGGAAUAGACGUCAUGUUCGACGUCGUCGGCGGUGAAGGUUUCGCGCAGGGACUGCGGUGCGUUAAAUGGGGCGGCGUCGCGCUCGUGAUCGGGUUCGCCAGCGGGGACGUCCCGCGUCUCGCGAUGAACGUCCCGCUGGUGAAGAACCUGUCGGUGCGCGGCGUGUACUGGGGCUCGCACGCGGCGCACGCUCCGGAAGAGUUGGGCAAGUCGCUGAGGGAGGUUUACUCGAUGCUCGCGGAUGGGCGAUGUCGGGUCCGGGUGAGUCACGCGUUCGGCCUGGACGACGCGCACGAGGGGUUUCGGACGAUCGCGGAGCGACGGGCGGUGGGGAAGGUGGUGGUGACGCCCGCGGGGAAGCGCGCGGCGUCGAGGCUCUGA